ACAACUCAACAUUCAUAACAAUAACAAUUCCCAUUCUAAAUUUACCGAAUUCUCAACUACAUCCAAAAGAGAAGAAUAAAAUGUCGCUGAUUCCAAGUUUCUUUGGUGGUCGAAGGAGCAACGUUUACGAUCCAUUCUCCCUCGACCUUUGGGAUCCCUUCAAGGAUUUUCCAUUUUCCAGUUCCCCUGAAUUAUCUCGUGAGAAUUCUGCAUUUGUGAGCACACGUGUGGACUGGAAGGAAACACCAGAAGCACACGUGUUUAAAGCUGAUCUUCCUGGACUGAAGAAAGAUGAAGUGAAAGUUGAAAUCGAAGAUGAUAGGGUUCUUCAGAUAAGCGGAGAGAGGAGUAUUGAGAAAGAGGACAAGAAUGAUCAAUGGCAUCGCGUGGAGCGUAGCAGUGGUAAAUUCAUGAGAAGAUUCAGAUUGCCUGAGAAUGCUAAAAUUGAACAAGUUAAAGCUGCUAUGGAGAAUGGUGUUCUCACUGUCACUAUUCCAAAAGAAGAGAUCAAGAAACCUGAUGUUAAGUCAAUCGAGAUCUCUGGUUAAACUUUGAACAAACUCUGUUGCUUUCAUUGGUGUACUUGUUUUGGUUGUAAUGCUUAGUACUUUUUUUGUGUCAUGUGUGUGCUAGUAAUAUGUGAGAUGUUGCUGCAUAAAUAAAUAAAGUAAAUUGUUGUUUUUCUUGGUGUUA